CAGGCAAUCACCACUAACUAGGUUAACGACUUGACGGCUUUACUCCUUUGCAAGCUUCAAGCCUUUGAUGCUGUGCUCUGAUAGAAGACUCUUCAACUGCUUAAACCUCCCAAAACCCUAAUAACAAAUUACCUCCAAAGACCUUUUGGGAGUUCAAAAAUGAAAAACCUCAAGCUUUACUCUGAAAAAACUCUGAAUCUGGACUUACAAUCAAACCAAGAAGUUCUGCUCUUCUCUACUCUCGAUAUCGAUCGUAAUCGCUUGUUUUUCGCUUCUUCGGCUAAUUUCAUAUACUCUACUCAGCUUUCUUCUUUCCAUAAUGAAAAUGCGUGGAGAAAAACUUCACUGCCUGCGGAAAUUCAUCCUAUUGAUUUGGAGGAUGGAGACUUCAUUACUUCAUUUGAUUAUCUUAUGGAGAAGGAGGCUCUGAUAGUGGGGACUUGUAAUGGUGUUCUGUUGCUGUAUAAUGUGGAUGAUAAUGCUAUGGAAGUUGUUGGUAAAGUGGAAGGUGGUGUCCAGUGCAUUGCCCCUAGUCCGGAUGGCGACCUGCUUGGAAUUGUUUCUGGGUUGGGGCAGAUACUAGUGAUGACUCAUGAUUGGGAUUUGUUGUAUGAAAAUGCAUUGGAGGAGGAUCAGCCUGAUGGUGGUGUUGACGUACGUGAACCAACUUUGUCUUCCACAAAUACGUCAAUGAGUUCUGUAUCCUGGCGUGGUGAUGGGAAAUACUUUGUGACACUGAGUCAGUUGAGCAACUGUUCGUCCUUGCAAAAGAGGCUUAGGGUUUGGGAGCGAGAGUCAGGUGCAUUGCAUGCUACUUCAGACUCAAAGGCAUUCAUGGGAGCAGUUUUAGAAUGGAUGCCAAGUGGAGCAAAAAUUGCUGCUGUCUAUGACAGAAGAGCUGAGAAUGAGUGUCCAGAAAUAGUUUUUUAUGAGAGAAAUGGACUAGUUAGAAGCUCUUUUAGAAUUAACGCACCAGUGGACGCAACAGUAGAAUUGCUUAAGUGGAAUUGUAGUUCAGAUCUUCUUGCAUCUGUUGUCAGAUGUGAUAAAUAUGACACUGUUAAGGUUUGGUUUUUCAGCAACAAUCAGUGGUAUUUAAAACAGGAAAUUAGAUACCCAAGGCAGGAUGGAGUAAGUUUCAUGUGGGAUCCAAUAAAGCCACUGGAGUUGAUUUGUUGGACUCUUGAGGGGCAGAUUACAGUUUACAACUUUAGUUGGAUUACUGCUGUGACAGAUAACUCAAUUGCGUUGGUCGUUGAUGAAUCCAAGAUACUUGUAACUCCACUUUCUUUGUCACUAAUGCCACCCCCUCUGCAUCUAUUCAGCCUGAAAUUUCCAAGUGCUGUACGAGACGUGGCUUCAUAUUUCAAGAAUUCUAAGAACUUUGUGGCUGCAUUUCUAUCAGAUGGUGGUUUCUGUGUUGUAGAACUUCCUCAAUCUGAUACAUGGGAGGAACUUGAAGGCAAAGAAAUUCAUGUUGAAGCUUGCAUUUCAGAGACAGUUUUUGGAACCCUGGCACAUCUUACAUGGUUGGAUUCACAUCUACUUCUUGCCGUUUCCCACUAUGGUUUCACUCAUAGUAAUUACAUUUCCCAGAGAUUGUUGGGUGAGGAUGGACGCCAUGGAUUCUAUUUGCAGGAAAUUGAAAUUGCAUGUUUGGAGGAUCAUGUUCCAGGUUCAGUAACAAGCUCAGGGUGGCAUGCAAAGGUUUCUCAUAUUAACUAUUUGGAACAAGAGAUAAUUGGCAUUGCUCCUAAUCCUGCUAAAAAGUGCUCAGCUUUUGUUCAGUUUGAUGGUGGAAAAAUUAGUGAGUACACAUCAGCAUUAGGCUUGGCCAUUAUUGGAGGAACUACAGAAAAUGAAGUUACGAGUUUUUCAUCAUCUUGCCCUUGGAUGAGUGUGGUUCUAGUUGGUAACAGUGGGCCAUUAAAGCAUUUGCUUUUUGGACUUGAUGACAUCGGUAGGCUCCAUUUUGGUGGGAAAAUACUAUGUAACAACUGUAGUAGUUUCUCAUUUUACUCAAAUCUGGUUGACCAAGUAAUCACACAUUUGAUUCUUGCAACCAAACAGGAUUUCCUCUUAAUUGUCGAUAUUGAUGACAUACUGCAUGGCGAAGUAGAGUCAAAAUAUGAGAAUUUUGUUCACACUGGUAACAGAAGAAAAGAAGAAAAUAUGAACUUCAUACAUAUAUGGGAAAGAGGUGCCAAAAUUAUUGGUGUCCUGCAUGGUGAUGAUGCUGCUGUCAUAAUUCAAACAACUCGUGGAAAUCUAGAAUGCAUUUAUCCCAGAAAAUUGGUCUUGGCUUCUAUUGUCAAUGCUUUGAUCCAAGUGCGUUUUAGAGAUGCACUACUCAUGGUUAGACGGCAUAGAAUAGAUUUCAAUAUCAUUGUUGACCAUUGUGGUUGGCAAGCAUUUCUUCGGUUAGCCUCAGAAUUUGUCAAACAGGUUAACAAUUUGAGCUACAUAACUGAGUUUGUCUGUUCCAUAAAGAAUGAAAACAUGAUGGAGAAACUGUACAAAAUUUACGUCUCUUUGCCUAGCCAUAAACAGGCUGAAGUUGUUCAAGCCCAAGAUUUCAGAGCUUUUGAUGCUAAUAACAAGGUUUAUUCUGUCCUGCUCGCCAUAAGGAAGGCUCUUGAGGAACAAGUGCCCGAAAGUCCUGCAAGGGAGCUCUGUAUUUUGACCACUUUAGCCCGUAGUGAUCCACCUGCUCUUGAAGAAGCUUUAAAGAGAAUAAAGGGGAUACGUGAACUGGAAUUAUUAGGGUCUAAUGAUCCCGGGAGAAUAUCCUACCCUUCUGCUGAAGAAGCUUUGAAGCAUCUGUUGUGGUUAUCUGACUCUGAGGCUGUAUUUGAAGCUGCCUUGGGCCUUUAUGAUUUGCACCUUGCAGCUAUCGUAGCUCUGAACUCUCAACGAGACCCAAAGGAAUUUCUUCCUUAUCUACAAGAACUAGAAUGCAUGCCAAGUCUCAUAAUGCGCUAUAAUAUUGACCUUAGGUUGCAUAGGUUUGAGAAUGCUCUCAAACACAUUAUUUCAGCUGGUGAUGCUUAUUAUUCAGAUUGUAUGAAUCUCUUACAGAAAAAUCCUCAACUCUUUCCACUGGGACUUCAACUGAUCACUGAUCCUGCCAAGAGAAUGCAGGUCCUUGAGGCAUGGGGCGAUCAUCUUAGUGAUAAAAAAUGCUUUGAGGAUGCUGCUACAACUUAUCUUUGUUGUUCAAGUUUGGAAAAGGCCUUGAAGGCAUACCGUGCUUGUGGUCAUUGGAGUGGGGUUCUUACAGUUGCUGGGCUUCUUAAACUGGAAAAAGAUGCUGUAAUGCAACUUGCUCAUGAGCUCUGUGAAGAACUCCAAGCACUAGGUAAACCAGGGGAAGCUGCCAAAAUUGCUCUUGAGUAUUGUGGAGAUGUUAAUGGUGGGAUAAGUUUGUUAAUUAGUGCGAGGGACUGGGAGGAAGCUUUGAGGGUUGCUUUUAAGUACAUGCAAGAAGAUCUAAUCUCAGAUGUGAAUAAUGCAUCUUUAGAAGGUGCAAAUGCUUUAAUUGGUGAAUAUGAGGAAGGCUUGGAGAAAGUGGGAAAGUACUUGACUCGCUAUUUAGCUGUCCGACAGAGAAGGUUACUGCUUGCAGCAAAGCUUCAGUUGGAGGAUCGCCCAGUGAAUGAUCUGGAGGAUGACACUGCUUCAGAAGCAAGCAGUAACUUUAGUGGAAUGAGUGCCUACACUACAGGGACAACAAGGGUGGGCUCUGCUGCUUCAGUUAGCUCAAGUGUUACUAGUAAGGCCAGAGACUCAAGGCGUCAAAGAAAUAGAGGAAAAAUUCGCCCUGGGAGUCCUGGAGAGGAAAAAGCUCUGGUGGAGCAUUUGAAAGGCAUGUGUCUAACGGAUGGAGCAAAGCAUGAGCUUAGAUCCUUAUUGAUUUCCCUUUUGAUGCUUGGUGAAGAGGACAUUGCAAGAAAGCUACAACGUGUUGCAGAGAGUUUUCAACUGUCUCAAAUUGCAGCAGUCAAACUAGCUGAAGAUACAAUAUCUACUGAUAUCAUAAAUGACCAGGCACAUACUCUGGAGCACUACAUACAGAAAACAAGAGCUGAUCCACAAAAUUUAGAGGCUUUAUCUUGGCGGUCUAAAGUUUUUCUUUCUCCUUAAAAGUUAUUUGGCUGCAGUAAAGUUGCAAAUGCUGUUUCUAAAUGUUCGCUGCCGAAGCAUUGGUUAUCAUCAACAAGAACAAAGAUAUUAUUUUCCGGAAUGUUUAGUCAAAGCAGCAAGAAGGAUUCUUCCAAAGAAGCUGUCACUUGGCUUUUUGAAUCAGCUGCUUCACAUUUUUUUAUGUAGCAUUAAUAUUUAAGCCCUUUCACCUUCUCCCUUCUUGUUUUUCCUUUUGUUUUCGAGCACCCAUCUGAACUAUUCCUUCGUGGUUGAGAUAGAAACAGUUUCAUCGUUAAUGUUUAACAUAUACAAGUCAGUUUCAUUUCUUGGUGCAAA